ACAUCCCCAAAAACAUUCAUCUCGACUUGGGGUUGGAGUGCUUUUCGACAUUUAAUCGUAUUAUUGCGUAUCCGUAUCCGUUCGGUCGGUCAUCGCUUAACUGUUUUCGUCUAUUAUUCCCCUUACUUUACUCAUUCUGAAUCUCUAUACUCUGUGUACCUAAGGAAAAGUGUCGGACUUAUUUCUUCUUUUUUUUUGAAAACCCUUGCUUCCUUUUACACAUCCUUCACACACACUUUCAGGCUUCUAAAUCCAGAGAGAUAAUAAAAGAGUGUAAAUAUUUGUUGUUUCAUUUCGGCACUCGUAUUAUUGAUGUGACAUAAUGUAGAUUGCCUUCGUGGAAGCCGUCGUUCGUCGUUGUGGUCGUCGCGUCGUCGUAGCCAAAAGAAAACUUAAACUACCUUUACGAAGAAUUCUUUUUAGGGAUUAUCUUAGAUUUGUGUGGCAAAAUUUGAUAGUUAUAGUUUAACUGUGAUAUUAACAAAAUUGUAUAUUUGUUAAAUAAUUCGAUUAACUCGCAAUAAUAAAAAAGCUUUAAUUAAAUAUUAUGUAGAUAAUAUAUAUAAUUCCCUAGGUUCGAAAGUAGGUUUAUAAUAUAUCGUUUAUAAAGUUUUCUAACAUACGGCAACGGUAAAUAAGAAAAAGUAUUAAACAUAAAAUAUUCAUCAAGUAUUAUUCAUUUGUGAUUGUAAAAUACCAUUUUUGAAUAAUUUACAUCAGAUUGGUUAACUCUAACUCAUAAUAUAAAUAAGAAUAAUAAUAAUUGUGUGCUUGCUUUAUUUUUAUUUCAUUGAUAAAAUUAACGAGAGCAACGCAAAGAGCAAUGUAACCCAGCCUUAAUUUAUUACUAGUAUUAAAAAAGUCAGUUUUAAGUGUCCAAUAUAAAUAUAUUUCAAGUGCUCAUAAAUAACAAAUAGUUAACAACAAUUUAACGAAAUUCUUAAACGCAUAUAUAGAUACUCGUAUUUAAGGUCAGUUCUCAAGUGUUUGAGUUAAUCUUUUUGUUUAAAAAAAGUUUUUGUGUGCAUUGGAAAAGAGCUGUCAAAACAAACGUAAUCAAAAAACAUCUCCCGCCUAGCGCAGUCCCACUGCAAAUUGGGAAGUGACAUUGACACAACAAAAUAAAGUCUUCUACAUUCUGUCAAAAUUAGAGUGAAAGAAAAGCUUUAAUCGAAGGGAUAAAGCUCCCUCGCACUACUGUCAAUUUUGAUUCUAAGUUUGAGAUAAAGGUGUCACUAUAGUAGAUAAAUAAAGUUUAACAGUUACAUUUUGAAAAUGGCUGCCAUUCCCGACGAUGCAAGCAGUAUGAGUGAUGACGUUUUUGAAGACCCGGAAACAACGGCACGCCGUAUUGAGGAAAAACGCAGUCAAGAAUAUCAACAACAACCCGAACCACAACCGGAUCCGGAUGAAAAUAAACUUACCACAGCAGACCACCUAGAAGAAACCCAUCGCACACCAUCGCCAAGCGGAUAUCCGGGAUACCAUCCACCUCGCGAAGCAUUGCAACUAUACGGCUUAAAAGCCGACACCGAUAUGGUUUUGAAUACAAUAACCAGACACAAUGCUGGUGGAAUUGUGAAACAGACCAUAGAAGAUGAUGACCUCGACGAUGGCUGGAAGUCGUAUAGAUACGAAGAGGAGGACGAAGGACCUGUGUUCGAUGAUACUAUUAAUCACAAGACAAUCCUGCUUGGUGACUCGGGAGUGGGUAAAACAUCAUUUCUGGUGAAAUACAAUACCGGAGAGUUUAAAGCUGGAUCCUUUUCAGCAACGGUUGGAAUAGCAUUAAAUAAUAAAGUUGUUAAUGUUGACAAUACAAGAGUCAAAUUGCAAAUUUGGGAUACAGCUGGACAGGAACGUUUCAGAAGUGUUACUCAUGCUUACUAUAGGGAUGCUCAUGCGCUCCUUCUUUUGUACGAUGUCACAAAUAAAGUCAGUUUCGACAACAUUCGAGCAUGGCUUGUUGAAAUUAGAGAAUACGCUCAGGAGGAUGUAGUGAUAAUGCUUCUUGGUAACAAAGCUGAUUGUGGCAGUGACAGACAAGUGAAGCGGGAAGAGGGUGAACGGCUGGCUCGGGAGUACAAUGUCGCUUUUAUGGAGACAUCUGCCAAAACAGGACUCAAUGUUGGGCUGGCAUUCUUAGCUGUUGCCAGACAACUAAAAUGCAGACGAAAUGAAUCACUUGACGAAGCGAAAUUUAAUGUGCAAGACUUUGUAAGAGAACAAACACAACCGAAACAAACCUGCCCGCAGUGUAAUAUGUAACGAAAAUGUUUGUGUAUUUUAGUAUUGAUUAAUAUUAAAAAUAAUAUUAAAUUUUUUGGUAUACAAACAAUUUUUGUAUGAAAACAAUUUUUAUUGAAGAAAAAUAAAAUAUUUACAGGAAAACAAAAAUUAGUUCAAAAAAUUAAACUGUUGAUAUGUGAAAUGUGCAGUGCAAACCAACAUACAUUUUAAUUUUAUUAAUUUUAUUUAAGUUGAAUACUCAAACCGGUGUGAAUGGAAAGUUGACAUAUUUUCUUGGAUUAACCAAUUUUUCUUAUGUUAGUUAUUUAGUUUGUUAAAAAAAACACGUAUACGCCAUAGAGAACAAUAAUAUUCAUAAAAAAGUGUAAAAGAUUGAAAUAAUAGACAUAAAAGAACUAACAAAUUUAAUGUACCUUAAUGUGAAUGGAUGUUUUUUCGGUCGUUCUUUCAUUUCAAAAUUGAUAUUUGAGUUCCAAUUAAACAAUCUUUAAUUACGUUGAUAAACCAAUGACAACACCCCCUUUGAUACAGUACACACCUUAUGCACAAAAAAUAUUGUACAUUUCACAAACAGAAGUAAAUUCAAAAAUUAGUAUUAUAUGUAAUAUGUAAAUAAUACUUGGAAUGUUUUACAAAAAAGAGCUCUGUAUAUGCUCAAAAUAAUUAUCUAAAACAAAUUAGAGAAAUUGGAAAAAUGUAUUAGACAAUUAAAAACAAAAAAACACUAAAUAAAAUAAUCAAGUACAUAUAUAUCUAAUUAUAUAUAUUAUAAAGCAUUUUACACACACAAAAUAUAUGUAUAUGUAUAAAAUAAAUUAAAAUUAAAGUAAUUUUUAUAAGCUGCAUAUCUCUUAUUCUCUCAUUAAAAAUGACCAAUUGUUAUAAAAAAAAAACUAUAUCUAAAAAUUAAAUGUUAAAACAUUUAAUU